UAACAUGUGGGCAUCGGCCAUAUUCUGCUUUUAAAUAAGGAAGAAGCGGGAGGCGUUAAUUUAACUUUGUGUACUCAAUAUCUCAUUCACAGAAUCCCUCAAGGGUUCUGAGAAAUUCGAGUCAGUUAGGAAAAAAUAUUCACAACAGAUACUAACACACACGGGCAGCUAUAUGGAGCUCGCUUAACCUGAAGAGGUAAAUAUUGUUGGGCUGGUCUCUCACAUGUUAGCAGCUGGUUAGCUGGUUGAGCUAAAGAUCAGCGGUGAGGAUUUAUCUGAACUAGUUUAGUCGUGUUUAAGUGAAGGAUUCAGCUACUUUUAUCGAACUAAGCUGGUUAGCAGUGGCAUGCGGAUGAAGGGCAGAGGGAGCCCGCGUUUGGGACUGCGCUGACAGCCCUAACGAUUUAUCCUGCUACAAUCGAGGCUUUCAGUCCUUCAUCAUGUUUAAUAAGUUUUAUGAAUGGAUCGGAACCGGAAUCGCCAGUCUGCGAAACGGAGCACCAGCUGCUGCGGUUCACACCGGUCCCGUGAGAGUGGAUCAGGACGGGACAUCACGGAGAAAGAGACCACUAGACUGUUUGGAAGAUGGAGAUGCAGUUGAUCAGGAGGAGGAGAAAGCGGUGAAGAAAUUCAGAAUGGGAGAUAUUAUGGAUACAGUGAAGAAUGCAGCUGAGGGAGUGAAGACACAUGGUUCGAGUGUUGCUUUUUGGAUGAAGAACAGUGUCAGACCUAAUCCAAGGAACAUGUUUCUGACAUCAGCGGAUCCCCCUCAAAAAGGAAUACCAUCAGAACCUGCAGCCAAUUCCGCUGCAUCAGCAUCUUUGUGGGUGGAAAACAAGUUUGGGGAUCGGUCACAUGAUAUACUUGAGGACACAUUUGUAGCUCCAUCUAGUUCAGUUCAAUGGAGGACUGUCACAACAACUGAUUCCUUACAGACUGAACAGUGUGUCACCAUAUCAAAAGCAAGCAGAAGACAAGUUUGUAUGGACCAUCCACCCCAAGAGACACACAAAGCUAACGGACACUCUGUUAAUUUACCCUCUGCCUCCUUGCCAAAACCAUCCCCCUCUCCCCGCUUGGGCAGAUCCCUGUACCACCGACCACACAGCAUUUCAUCAUCUUCUGAGACCAGUUCAGGACAAGCCAGUUAUACCAGCCUAUAUGAGAAGACCUUUCCCAUCCGAGUGGUCCAGAGUCCUUCACACGGCAGCUCUAACCGUCUCUUCCAGAGGAGAGCCCACUGUACAGCACAGGAGUCCGUGCGUGUGGAAGAAAAGGAGGUUUACAGGCAGCUUCUAGCCAUGGUGUCUGGUGGCCAGUCGACCUUUCUUCAUGAUGGAAGUUCUUACUCCAGCAUUCGCUUGCAUCGAGAUUUCUCCAGCUUCCUGUCGUCCAGUCGAAGUCCUCUUCAUUGUGCCUCUCCAACAGGCUCUGGUGCUGGAGUGUCAUCCUACGGGUUAUCCAGUCCGCCUCCCAGCCCCCGGCCUGGGUCCAGCCAGACAUCCAGUGGCCUUCCCAGUCCUGGUGCGUCCUCUAGCAUUCCAGAGCCUCAGCUAUGGACCCAUGACCUUGAGCCCAGCACUAAAGGAUCAGCUGUUCCCUCAGCUCCAUCACCAGCAGCCCUUCAGGAUACCUCCUCUCAGGACACGCAGUCAUCAGCUCAUGAUGGAGAUUCAGUCAUUUUUGUGAUGGAGCAGCAGGGGAAGAAACAUGAAAGCUCAAGGGUGCCAUGCUUCCAGGCUGAACUGUGGAUCAAAGAACUGACUAGCCUCUAUGACUCUCGAGCUCGGGAGCGGCGAAGGUUGAUUGAAGAACAGGAGGCUCUAGCCUCUCAGCUUCUGCGCCAGCGCCUCUCGGGAGAGGGUCGAGCAGCCCCAGCAAGUGUUGAGCUAAAGGUUCGAGUCCCUCUAGAGAGGGAGGUUCCUGUUGCAGCUGUUAUCCCAAGACCUCAGCCUUUUAAAGAGGAGCCAGAGUUCCCAGAGUUAACAGAGGACAUGGAGAAGGAGGUGAGCAGAGCACUGAGAGGCAGUAGUCUGGAUGAGGUUCUCAGCGAGGGCUUCCGCCUCACCAUCACCAGAAAAGACCUCCAGACGCUCAACCACCUUAACUGGCUCAACGAUGAGGUUAUUAAUUUCUACAUGAACCUGCUGGUGGAGCGCAGUAAACAGCCCAACCUGCCCUCGGCUUACACUUUCAACACCUUCUUCUUUCCCAAGCUGCGGAGCUCCGGUUACUCUGCGGUCCGCCGCUGGACCAAGAAAGUGGACAUCUUUUCUGUAGACAUCAUUCUGGUGCCUGUCCACCUGGGGGUGCACUGGUGCCUGUCUGUGGUGGAUUUUCGUAAGAAGAGCAUCACUUACUUUGAUUCAAUGGGAGGAAACAACGACGAGGCCUGCAGGAUUUUAUUAAAAUAUCUGAAACAAGAAAGUGAAGAAAAGAAGGGGCAGAACUUUGAUACCUCAGAAUGGACUCUAAAAAGUAAAAGACGCAAUGAGAUUCCUCAGCAAAUGAAUGGAAGUGAUUGCGGAAUGUUCACAUGCAAAUAUGCUGAAUACAUCACCAAAGACCGGCCAAUCACAUUCACACAGAAACACAUGCCUUAUUUCAGAAGACGAAUGGUAUGGGAGAUCCUGAACCAGAAACUGUUGUGAUUGGAUGAUUCUUUUGUAUAGAACAUAUUUUGAUAUGUCGUAUGGAUACGAGGGCUCCUGUGCACUUCAGGAACUCUGAGACAAAUAUGGGAUGCCCUUAAUCACCGGUCAUUUCUUUGCUGUCUAAAUGAAACUCGGGAAGUCCUUUAUGGACAUAGUCUCAGCCUUUAAGAGUAGGGGCAAUGGUUUUAUGUCCCUUUAUAGUUCCCUAUAACUUGACUUGCUUUUGCUUUGCCAGCGAAUGUUGUUUGACUGACAAUGGAAGGACGUUAUUGUCAAUCUUUUCUUGUGCUGCCAUUCUUUUGCAAUAGCUGUCAAUAUAUGGCCUGUCUUAAGAUGACUUCAAAUAAUCAUUUGUGUUAAUUGACAUGGAGUGUGCUUGAUCUCAAAUCAUCUGAAGUCAUAAAUGUUACAGUAAUAUGUUUUAGGGAGUUUUACACCGAUGUGUUUUUACUCUAGGACUAGUAAAAUAUCUGGAAUUGACAAUCACAGACUCAGAGGUUUUCUACUGAAAACAGCAGUUUACUUAAUAUUUGUGACAUUUGAUACCAGUAUGUUUUAUACAGACGCUGUCAAGGUAAUUAACAGUAAAAUUAAUAUUUUUUAAAUAAGUAACUUAAGACUCAGAGUCGUCUUUUUGGAGAGUUUUGUGGUUCUUUUUUCCCUAGAGGUGAUGAAAAGCUCUUGUGCUGCAACGCUUUUGACUUCAGUAUGUUUUGGGAUGGGAGUUCUACCAUCACAGGGAUGUUUAUUUUUAUCAGUAUUUGGUGGCUUUUUGAUAACUUGGGAGUCUUCUGAUCAUGUUGGUCAACUCAGACAGACUGCACUUACAUGUAUUUGCUUUUUCACAGCCCAAUAGUGUCAUACAACUCCUCUGUUCUGUUCUUCCUUUUAUGUAAGAGAAAACUAUUUUUGGCAAUUUUCUAGAUUUUUUUUUUUUUGCAGGAUAUUGACAAUUAUUGUAUAUACAGUGACUAUACAGUAAAGCUGAAGACAUAUUUAAUACUCAUUUUGUACCUUUUAUUAUCUGUUUUUGUAUGUGGAAGAGAUCUUACUGGAAAUAAAUUCCUGAGGUUAUAUGUAUCAGAGGAAAAAUGAGAUUUCAAAUGAA